UAACUUUUACGUCUCCACCUUCCCUUCCAUUUCAAUCCUCGCAAGGUUAGCAUCUCACCACUUCACAAAAUUCCUUCAUUCCUAUUCGCCACCAGUCCAUUCAUCAAAUCUCAGAGUAGCAAUUGAAGUUGACUGAAUGACCAACAACACUAAAGAAGAAGAAAACCAGGGUCCUACUCCCCAGGGUAACAUACCGCCAGAAAAUGAAAACGAAAAUGAAGUAUCUAUUGAUUCAUUAGCCCGAAAGGUCCAAGAAUCUUUCUCACUUGCCAAUCGGCACAAGUUCUGGGAAACCCAACCCGUGGGGCAAUUCAAGGAUCUUGCUGAUACAAGCCUGAGUGAGGGCCCAAUUGAGGCUCCAACACCCCUGUCUGAGGUUAAACAGGAGCCUUAUAACCUUCCUGCCCAGUAUGAAUGGAUUACUUGUGACAUGGACUCUGAAGAAAUGUGUUUAGAAGUUUACAAUCUACUGACUCAUAAUUAUGUAGAAGAUGAUGAAAACAUGUUCAGAUUCAAUUACUCAAAGGAGUUCCUGGGGUGGGCUCUUCGCCCCCCAGGCUAUUACCGAAGUUGGCACAUUGGAGUCCGUGCGAAGAGUUCAAAAAAGUUGGUGGCUUUCAUCACGGGGAUACCCGCAAGGAUACGUGUCCAUGAUUCCAUUGUUAACAUGGCAGAGGUCAAUUUUCUUUGUGUUCAUAAGAAGCUCAGGUCAAAACGCCUUGCUCCUGUGAUGAUCAAAGAAGUCACGAGGCGAGUUCAUCUGGAAAACAUAUGGCAAGCAGCUUAUACAGCUGGAGUCAUUCUCCCCACGCCUAUAACAACAUGCCAAUAUUGGCAUAGGUCAUUGAACCCUAAGAAGCUUAUCGAUGUUGGGUUUUCUAGGUUGGGUGCAAGGAUGACAAUGAGCCGGACUAUUAAGCUGUACAAGUUACCUGAUCAGACAGCCACCCAUGGGUUCAGGAAAAUGGAGCCCCAUGAUGUUCCUGCUGUUACGCGUUUGCUUAGGAACUACUUGAGGCAGUUUGCAGUUGCGCCCGACUUUGAUGAGAAUGACGUGGAACAUUGGCUUCUUCCAAAGGAAGGUGUUGUAGACAGCUAUCUUGUUGAGAGCCCCGAGACACAUGAAGUCACUGAUUUCUGUAGCUUCUAUACUCUUCCGUCGUCAAUACUCGGAAGUCAGAAUCACUCCACUCUAAAGGCUGCUUAUUCCUAUUACAACGAACAUUUCAAUUGAAGUGUUUAAGCUUGUGAAUCCGUAACUAGAGUAGGUGCACUGAUUUUAUACUUUUGUGAAACUUGCCCCUAAUGGGUUGUUUGACUGUAUGAGGCCAACGAUGAAUGACCGCCAUAACUAUAAAUCCAACGGAGUAAAUCUCACAAAAAGAGCCAGGGUUGCAAAGAAAUCAAAGAAUAAAUUUUUAAUUAUCCU